AUGCCUUCGGUAGUCCCACACCAGGCAGCUCGUGCUGUCUCCAAAGUAACUUCUCUCAAGCCUCGCGCCCCCACAACCGCCGCACCUCCGAAGAAGAGAAGGGUGGUUAGGCGCAGGGGCAGGGGCAGAGGUGACCUCGAUAGUGACGAUGAAAUCGAGCGAGAGGCAGCUACCGACUCAGACUCGGACGACGCCAAUCUUUCUUCAGACGAAUCAGCGACAGACGACUCCGAUACCGAGCCUGCAUCUGAGGAUGCGAUUCCCAACGAUCGCGCUCAUCUACCGACUCCUAGGAACAGCAAGAGUCCCGAGGCUGUUGUUAACAAGGAGAUGCCCAAGGUCAAUGGAGAGUUGCCAUCCUUCUUUGUGCCUGGAGGUGAUUGGUCAGAGAUGGUAGCGGAUGAGAAAGUUAAUGGUCCCGCGGACUUACCAGUUAUUGAAUUUUCAGAGUUUAGUAGCCAGGCCAUUCCCCAGAACCCUCCAUCUCGGAAGCCCAAGAAAUCGAAAGCCAAACGCUCUGCUCCAUCCCGUGCGCCACCCGUCGAUUCCACUCACGAGGCCGCUCCAUCUACCGCCAACGAUACGGCCUCUGCUCCAGCAGAACCUGAAACUCGCCCGUCUCAACCCAAUCGCAUUUCUUCUUCACAAUCUGCUCGCCAAGCGUACCAGCACAAGCUUGAGACCGAUCCUUCCUUUGUUCCAACUAUCGGCAACUUUUGGGGUCAUGAUGACCGCCUAAUUGAUACCGAACUGCGCAGCCUUAGUGGUUGGUGGAGAGGACGGGGUAGAGGACGGGGUCGUGGCUUUGGAGGUCGUGGUCGGGGUGGAUUCCAGGGCGCUCAAUCGCGAACCGGUGUUGAGGCUACCCCUCUCAACUCGGAAGAGUUACCCCCCAUCGAGCGUGCUUGGACCCAUGAUGGGUUCGAAGAUAUGAAGCGCAAGGAGGAAAAGCGACGCGCCGAGCAACAAGCUGCAAGGGAGGAACAGGUCUCACCGAAACGCGGCGGACAUGUUGGGGCGAGGGGAGGAUUUGUUGCUGGCCGUGGCCGAGGAGGCUUCGGCCGGGGAGGAUUCAAUUCAUCCACAAUGUCCCGUAAUGGCCUCCACUUCUCACAGCCAGGACGAAUUAGGUUUGCGUCGAAGCCGGAGCUUGUAUGGACAACACAGCAUGAAGCCUUCCUCUUUUUUGAUCCCAUACUCAAACCUCGUAACGGACAUGGACCUUCGUAUCGCGUCAAGAUCCCUGGGCAUAAAUCUGGGAUUGCAAGGACUCCAGCUGUCUCUCGGGAGUCUCCCAAAGCUUCGACUUCCAAAGCUCCCAGCGAAACCUCCGAAACAAGCGAUAAGCAAUUCAUUGUUCGCCUUCCUAAGCGUUUAGGGAAAGAACGACAAGUGGCAGUAGAAGAAAAACGAGACGAGACACCGAUCGAUGAGGUAUUCACAGUAAGACCCAUGCUAGUAACUGUCGAGCCUAUUUCUCUACCUGAGCCAACGCAACCACCGACUGUCACAAUUGAAACCACCGUCCACAACUCGUCGUCCGAAGUUCAGGUUCAAGUUUUGCCAGAUCCAAACAUCCGUUCGCAACUUGAACAACUUUCACUAGAACCUCGGGCUUUGGACCCAGAAAGAAAGGCAAAAAUGGAAGAGGCAGUACUUCGUCAUCCAACGACCGAAGUGAUUGCAGGUGUUGACGUACCUCCAACCGAUGAUCGACCUGCUUUGGCUCCCUUACAGACUGGCUUCACGUCUCCGCCACCUCCACCUGCAUCUCAACUGGUAUCGCAACCUUCCCCCGCCUUUGGUUCUCCAUAUGGUUAUCAUCCCCAACUACCCCCUGGUGUCGCUUUCAACCAGCAUGGCAUGCCCUACGAGGUUGCCACCGGUCAUCCUGUAUACCUUCAACCCCCUACCAUGUACAAUCCCCGACCUAUCAUGCCCCCUCAUUUUAAUCCUGGCAUGCCUUUCGUACCUAGUCAUAUGCACCAUCCAUCUGCACCUCCUCCAGACUUAAUGCCCUCUCAUACUCCUCCGAUGAAUGGAUUUAUUGAUCCCGCAACCGGAACACCUAUCUUUUCCUUCCCUCGCCAAACUUCACGGAUUGAAAUCCGUGCACCCAAUGAAGAGUCUGGAAAGCCCAAAUCGACACCACGCACUCCUUCUGGGCUGAGAACUGCCGCGCCUUCUUUCCAGCCCACUCGUUCAGCACCUACCUCAGAGCAAGCAUACUAUCAACAACCUAAUUCACCUGAAGCCGCAGGAUCUUCGUACGAAAAUGCGGAUGGACAGGCUUCGGUGGAAGGUAGUAAUCGGGCAGGCAUGCCUGGAAUGGUUCACUAUCCUGCAUACCAGCAGGCGUAUUACUACCCCGAACCAUAUGGUUAUCCUCAAUACGUGGAUAUGUCACAUGCUGGGCAAUAUGACAUGUACAACAUGGACCAACCUCCUCAGGGCACUGUUUAUUAUUAA